GAUUGUAUUUGUCAAAUGCGCUUACAUUCGCAUUUACAGCGUGAGUUUAAUAGUGAAGCGCAAAUAAAAAUUUAAUUUUACAUUAGUUUCGAAUAUAUAGUACCUUUGGAAGAACAAAUCAGAUUGAAAUGUCAAGUCCAGCUCCAACUACCCCAAGAGGUCAGGGUGACCGAACUCCGACGCGAAACCCGAUAGUAGAGCAGGAUGCAUCAGAUACACCAAUGCGCAUGGGACCUACCACUCAGCGACAAAGUCAGCAGCCAUCGGAAAUCAGUUUGCCUCCAACAUCUCCGGGUGGUUUGAGUUUACCUGCUACUAGUCCUGCACGGGUGCUGGGAAUGAGUGAAAUAGAUCUAAGCUCUCCUUUGAACUAUGGGACACCUAGUUCCAUUGGUUCAAUCCGAACUCCACGAUCGGGAAUACGUGGAACGCCUUUGCGUGCACGCCCCGAUAUACGAACCGAUAAGCGAAUGCGUCAAGUAGCUAUUGGAGGCACCAAUCUGGAUCCUAUAGCUGAAAAGCCAUCUGAAGGCACUGACACUGUCUCAGAAUCAUCUGCAACCCCGCAGAUGGUUGUUUGGGGGACCAAUGUUGUAGUUCAUCAGUGCAAAACAAAGUUUAAGGUUUUUCUCAUGCGUUAUAUUGAUCCUGAUGUAGAACGUGAUGAGAUAUCCGAGAACAUAGAUAUAAACCAGCCAAUAUAUAUGCAAAAGCUAGAAGAGAUUCAUACUCUAGAAGAACCCUAUCUUAAUGUAAAUUGCUCGCACAUAAAAACAUUCGACGAAGCAUUGUAUCGCCAACUAAUUUGCUAUCCGCAAGAAGUAAUACCGGCUUUUGAUAUGGCUGUGAAUGAGAUGUUUUUUGAACGUUACCCAGCGGCUGUAUUGGAACACCAGAUUCAAGUACGUCCUUUUAAUGCCGAUAAAACUCGCAAUAUGCGUUCUCUCAAUCCAGAAGACAUGGACCAAUUGUUAAGUAUUAGCGGUAUGGUAAUACGUACAUCCGGAGUUAUACCAGAAAUGCGUGAAGCUUUUUUCAAAUGUAUAAUUUGUGCAUUCUGCGCAACGGUCGAAGUUGAUAGGGGGCGUAUCGCACAGCCAACCCUUUGCACGAAUUGUAACACAAAUCACUGUUUUCGAUUGGUCCACAAUAGGUCAGAGUUCACAGAUAAGCAGUUAAUAAAACUACAAGAAUCGCCGGACGAUAUGGCUGCUGGACAAACGCCGCACAAUGUGCUGCUUUAUGCUCACAAUGAUUUGGUCGACAAAGUGCAGCCUGGUGAUCGAGUCACUGUGACGGGUAUAUACCGCGCCGUUCCCAUGAAGGACAGAGGUCGUACUAUCAAGAGUGUUUAUAAAACACACAUCGACGUGGUACAUUAUCGCAAAGCUGAUAGCAAUCGGUUAUAUGAAGAUGAAGAGGGAAAAAUGCAUAUAUUCACACCUGAGCGCGUAGAAUUGCUGCAUUUGCUUUCCCAAAAGCCGGAUAUUUACGACCGUUUGUCAAGAGCAAUAGCUCCAUCUAUUUAUGAAAAUGAUGACAUCAAGAAAGGUAUUUUAUUGCAAUUAUUUGGUGGCACAAAAAAGAAACAUUCAACUUUGGGCAGACAGAACUUCAGAGCGGAAAUUCACUUGCUUUUGUGUGGUGAUCCAGGUACAUCGAAGUCUCAAUUAUUACAAUAUGUUUACAAUUUGGUUCCGCGGUCACAGUACACUUCCGGUAGAGGUUCUUCCGCGGUUGGUCUUACCGCUUAUAUUACAAAAGAUCCAGAAACACGACAGCUAGUGCUACAAACAGGAGCUUUGGUGCUGGCUGAUAAUGGUGUUUGUUGUAUCGAUGAGUUUGAUAAAAUGAACGAUUCUACGCGCAGUGUGUUACAUGAAGUUAUGGAACAGCAAACAUUAAGCAUUGCAAAAGCUGGUAUUAUUUGUCAGCUAAAUGCGCGUACAUCGAUUUUGGCAGCUGCCAAUCCAGCAGAAUCACAGUGGAAUAAAAAAAAGAAUAUAAUAGACAAUGUCCAGUUGCCACACACGUUGUUAUCGAGAUUUGAUUUGAUUUUCCUUGUACUAGACCCACAGGAUGAACAGUUUGAUCGCCGUUUGGCUAACCAUCUUGUAUCGCUCUAUUAUGUAACGCGUCACGAAGAAGAAGAUACAAUGUUUGAUGUAAGUGUAUUACGAGACUAUAUUGCUUACGCUCGUGAACAUUGCUCGCCUACAUUAUCGGACGAAGCUCAACAACGCCUCAUUCAAGCAUAUGUUGAUAUGCGCAAAGUUGGUGCACGCCGUGGUCAAAUAUCGGCGUAUCCUAGACAACUGGAAAGUUUAAUACGUCUUUCUGAAGCGCAUGCCAAAGUGCGUCUAAGUAGUGUUGUAGGCGUGCAAGAUGUGGAGGAGGCUUGGAGAUUGCAUCGGGAAGCUUUAAAACAAUCUGCAACAGAUCCACUUUCGGGCAAGAUUGACGUUGGCAUUCUGACAACUGGCUUAUCCACUGCUGCACGCAAAAAAAGAGCAGAUCUUGUCUUGGCAAUCAAGGAAAAUUUGAAGAAAAAAGGCAAAGUACCAACUGUGCCGUAUCAGAAACUUUUCAAAGAAGUGAAAGAUGCUUCGCAAAUUCUAAUCACUCGCGAGCAAUUCGAAGAUGCCCUCAAAGAAAUACAAGAUGAAGGCGCCAUUGUCGUGAUGGGCAAAAAUACUAUAAGAAUCUGUUAAGUACAAACGCAUACACAUGGUUUUAUAAUAUUGUUUUUAUGUUUUCAUUCUAUAAAGUUAUUUGAAAUAAAAGGCGUUAAUUUUCGUAAUA